UCCCCGUCGCCUGUGGGUCGAGGUAGAACCUACCAAGAAUUGGCCAAUCAGCGCUCGUAUCAUCUACCAAGAAUUGGCCAAUCAGCGCUCGUAUCAUCUACCAAGAAUUGGCCAAUCAGCGAUCGUAUAUCGCGUGGCCUUUCGAGCGCCAAUCAGCGCUCGUAUUGCUACCAAGAAUUACUUCACUUCAGUAUUUUGAUUUGCGAGUGACAUUAGAAAUUUACGAAAAUCUUCACACCUUUCGUUUGAUUACUUCACUUCACUUCUGAUGAACAUUUCCGAGAAUACAAAAUGGAUCCUAAAUUUAGGAAGAAGGAUGGCUGUAUCUGCCUUUUUGACUCGGAGGAUGCCAAGAAGGUCAAGGCGGAGAAACGGCCAUGGACCAGAGCUCUUUCACCAGAUGAGGUGAAAGAGUCUGCAAGGGAAGCUGUUGAGCAUAAAGGUGGGGACCCAAACAACGAGGAGCAUGUUCUUGGCCAGCAUAAAUUGCAGUUUGGGGCCUUCAGGCAUCAAACAUUUAAAUGGCUGGCUGAGAACGCUCUGGGGUAUGCUGGCUAUGUGGUGGCAUCCAUGUCGGUGGAGUCAGGUCGCUCUGAUUCAAACAACAAUAUGAUAAAUAAGAGACUUUUGGAGAAGUACGUAUCUCAGUUUCCUGCUGGCCGCUAUGCCAUUCGGGUGAAGAAGGACGCACUGAGCUCCCAACCUGCCACUACAGCUUCUGCCUCUACACAGGCCGCCUCCACAUCCCAACAGCCUUCAGCCUCCUUGCAGGCUGCUGUCAAUGUAGCACCCGCCUUCUCUCCACGAUCAUCCGUUGUGCCUGUAUCCUCCCUACGCGGCCUCUUGUCAAGGAGAGACCAGUCUCCCCAGGCUAUCGCCAAAAAUGUAAAGAGCCUCUUCACAAAACCAAGGUUUCAGCCAUCUAUUCCUGCCCUGCCACGCGCUGGAUCCAUUACGGCAUCAUCUGCAGUGACAGUAAAAACGGAACCAACUGACAGCGAGCUCAUGCAGGCUGCCGCAGAAGUUGACCCCGACACAUUGCAGAGCAGAAUUUGCCUCCCCGCUGGUUGGAUCCCCGCCCUGCCAGAGGUUGACCAGCACUGGAUCUCGAAGGCUCUGUUCCGGUGGUCACCCUCUGGUCAACCAGAGUUUGAACUUGACAAGGUGGACAGAAUGUGGUGGUAUCCACCUCAGCAGUCGCUGACAUCCAGUGCCAUCCCAGCAAUGGAGCAGUUCUUUGGGCACCCUCUGUUCCUGUGGAUGCCCAGGAAGCUGUGGCGUGUGCGACUGCUCUGUCCACAUCAAGACUGUGGGAAGGCAGAGCUCACCUCUGCGGGACUCCAUCAGAGGGUCAGGCUGGUGGUUGGUGUCAGCGGCUCUUACUACCUGGUAGCCGAAUACCUUGCAUGUAAGAGUUGCAAAAGGAAGGUCAUCAGCUGGAGCCACAACAUCGUCUCUCAGCUAGACAUUGGUCACCGCCUGCAUUUCCCAUGUCUGCUGACAUACAAGCUGGGGUGCGACAUGCAGGUUGUGCGCUUGAUGCGUCAGCGGGGACUGGGGAACAGCAGCAGCCAGCUCCAAAAACAGCUGGAGGAGCAGCAUGCAGAGAGCUGGCUGGGGAAAACAAUUCAGUUCCUCACUGCUUACAGAGGAGUUGCAAGUGCAAUAUCCUCGGGGCUGAUUUUGCCAGUGCCGCUAGGGGACUUGCCAGUUAUGCCUGCAGUGCCAAAACAUCGCUGGUUGAUGCAGGUGUAUGCCCAAGAGGUCCUUGGCAGACUGGACGAAGUUAAGGCUUCCAUCACCUCACUCUUUGGCCAGGUCCUGAAGAUGGACUCUACAAAGAAAAUUGUAAGGAAGCUAGCUGGUCAGGCACGGUCUACAGCUUCUUGGGCCACCAACGUUGGAAAUGAGCAUGGACAUGUCAUCAUGUCUGUUCUCACAGCAAGUGAGGGCUGGGGCCUGAUGAAGAUGGCAGAGGGUCUUGUGAGGCGUUACAAGGAUGCUGGUGUGCCACCUCCAGAGAUCCUUUAUGUGGACCGGGACUGCUGUGGGAACUCUCACCUUUUAAAAAUCUUUGGUGCAUGGCCAGGCAUGAAGAUCCGGUUGGACAUCUGGCACUUCAUGAGGAGAUUUGCCACCGGUUGCACCACAGAUUCCCAUGCCCUCUACACCAGCUUCAUGGCCCAACUCUCCCGCUGCAUCUUUGCGUGGGAUCAGAGCGACCUGCAGCGACUCAAAGCUGCCAAGCGGGCAGAGCUGGAAGCAAGCCACCUGCGUCCCACAGUGGAAGAUGUCGCACGCCAUAUCUCCAAGGCUGAGACUAUGCUUCACUGCAGGAGAGCUGUCCGGGAAAGUGGGGAGAUGGGUGACCUGCUGAAGGACUUGAUAGAGGCAUACUCUGGAGAGAAGGGUUGCAAUACCCUUGGUGUGCCUCUGAUCAACAGAGCAAGGAUGGCAGAAAUCUUGAAGGCCCAGCUAAAACACCUUCCCUGCCUCCAGGACCCUCCAGGUUUCCAGUUAUACACCCAGACUGGGACACUGAAGAAGGCUGGUCAUGUGCUUCCUACAUUCCGAUGUGCCAGAGGGUCCACCUCGUUGGAAAGUUUCCACUUGCACAUGAAUAGAUUCAUCCCAGGAACCCUGGCAAGUGACACCUUUUUCCAGGCAUAUCUGGUUGAUGGUCUAUUCAGGUGGAAUGAGGACAGGACCAUAACAGCAGAGGGGACCGAGGGGCCUCGUUCAUACAGUGGCCUCCUAAAGCAUGCUGCCAACCAGUUGUCAGAGGAGGUGCUUGGGAGAAAACUGGUGGAGUACACGGCCCCACGGAAAUACACUGGAGAGCUUAUAGGUAUAGAAUACCUAUACAACCAAAAUAAUGCAGUGAUGGAGGACUACAAGUUGGCCUUGGUGACACUGGAGACAGAAGACAUCACUGUUGCAGAGGGGGAGUCUUCUUUGGAGCCAUGUGACAUCGAGGAUCCAACUGUCCCAACCCUGGAGACAAUAUGGCCUCCACAACAGCUCACCCCUCCAGCUGCCCGUCCAGCCACUGCUCUGCCAGCUGCCCGUCCAGCCACUGCUCUGCCAGCUGCCCGUCAAGCCACUGCUCUGCCAGCUGCCCCUCCACUGCCCGUCCAGCCACUGCUCUGCCAGCUGCCCGUCCAGCCACUGCUCUGCCAGCUGCCCGUCCAGCCACUGCUCUGCCAGCUGCCCGUCCAGCCACUGCUCUGCCAGCUGCCCCUCCAGCCACUGCUCUGCCAGCUGCCCGUCCAGCCACUGCUCUGCCAGCUGCCCGUUCAGCCACUGCUCUGCCAGCUGCACUCUCUGCAGCUUUUACAGUUGCCCCUAUGCAUAGUGCUCCCCAGCAAGACACACAGGACUUGGUAG